AUGCCUAGUUUCGUUCUCUACCAGCUCCGCACCGCCUACCUUUCCAACAUCAAGGACGGCGUUGGCGAGCGUCUCAUCUCGGUCAACACCUCUGUUUUGAACAAUCCCGCCUUCCGCGCCUCCGGCUGGCUGCCCAACACCUCUGAUAUCAAGCGCACCUAUUCGCCGCCCAUACCUACUGCCAUUGCCUCGGAAUAUUUCCAAGCUCCGCGCUCUGCCGGCCUCACUGGCCCCGGCUUCGGUGAUGACGAUGACGAGGGCGGCAUGGUUACCGGCCGGGGAGAGAGUAACGAGACCGUUGGACCCAUGCCCUUGACGAGACGGCGACGGAGGAAGGAACAGCUGGAAGAGGAGGACAGCAGUGACCUAAGCGACGACAGUGACGACGACGUGGAUGGACAGAGAGGGGCCCAGCAGAUCAAGUUCACCAAAAUGCCGGUCCGGUCGCGCGCUGGUUCGUCGCCUAUACAGAAGACCAGGCUGGCUGAUGCCCCCGAGCUCAUCAUGGUCACAUCUCCAUCCAGACCUCCGGAGACCAGCAGCGUGCGCAGAGGCUCUUUGAGCGCUCUUGAUACUGUCCAGGAAAGGCCCCGGAGAGACACCGUCACAAGCAGUGAAAUGUCCUCGGAGAACGAGCUCGACCCAUCCUUUUUCAAAAGGAAGCAGAUCAGCUCGCUCCAGAGGAGAUCCAAGCUGCUUUCAGAAAAGAUUCAAGAGGAUGACGAAGACGAAACCGAGGACAGCGAUCUCGACUCAGACUUCGCCGGCACGGCCGAUUCGAACUCUUUGCUUGGAGUGGGAGCCGAUGCAUUGGACUCUACACCGCCUCCCAAGCAGAUUCAAAAUAUACCGCCGGCCAUCACUCCUCACAACUCGUCACCGAAUAAGCGGACGAAGCAGCAGCAAGCGCAGACAGUCCUCCCGACCUUGCCGCCAGCGCGCCCAAUCAGCGUGGUGCAACCGGUCAGCGCCCUCACACAGGCACUCAAGGCCAAGUCGAGUAAACCUGCAGAUCCGGUGCAGAGGUUCGGUAUCUUGUUGGGGCAGACCGAGUCAAGUCCUUUGUACAUCAAGAUUUACGCACCAUUUUCUACCAAGCCGACCAAGCCGUUUGAAUUGUUACUUCGCAAGACAGUUGAUGAAGGCACAAAGGUGAUAGUUGCCGAAGCUAUCGGUUGUGCCCUCUUCAAGUACCAGGAGAAUGGGUUGGAGCCACCGAUCCCGAUGGAGAAGAAGAACAUCAACAAGUGGGUCCUACGAAUGAUUGAGGAUGAAGAGGUCGAUUAUGAGUUUCCACCUUUUGCUCGAACGCGGCCCAUUCAGGACUUCACCUCCACAAACAACCGGCCGGUUCGUGGGCGAGCAAGAGAUAAGCCAUGGGAUGAGUUCGCCAUUGUCGAAGCAUCCGCGUCAGAGUUUGCAGAAAACGAGAAGUCCACCCCUGAAUACAGCAGAGAGUUCGCUGAGGCGAAGGGCGAAAGCGGCGGCAAUGAAUUGCAGAAAGUACCCACGGCUUCGGCGCCGGAAGCUGAUCCUACUUCGAACCUCCCGCCGGUGACAGCUCCAACGCCCGCACCGCUUCUCGCACCCCAACAAAAUCCCAUCACCGGGCCGUACUUCUCGGCAAUACGGAAAGACAGCACGAGUCUCCUGGAUGCGCCGGCAGCCGCUGCGCCCAACUUCACUCCCCGUACGGGUGCACCGAAGACGCUCCGCAUACACUUCAUUUCCGACGACUUCACGUCGCGUGUCUCGACGCUCGAGGUCACAACGGACACAUAUCUCGCCGAGGUCUUUGACCGUGCCUGUCGCGACCUGAACGUGGACAAGGCGCUCUACGUCCUGAAGGUCAGCGGCACGUCCACGAUCGCGCCUUCGGACCGCACCGUCGAAGCCCUCGGCCAGCGCACCGAGCUCGACCUCGCCCGGCGCCGCUUCGUCGGCGACGGCGCCUUCGGGCUCUCGGGCUCGCCGGGGUCCUCGUCGCCCAACGCGCCGCUGCUCAUCAGCACCGGCGGCACGCCCAAGAAGAAGCAGAAGGGCGGGCCGGGCCCGAGCGGGCUGGUGCACCCGCUCGCGCAGAAGCAGGACGCGCUGCUCUCGCUGACGGCGACCAACAACACGUCGUACAAGCGCUACAUCGUGACGCGCAAGCAGCCCAUGUCCUUCACGUCCAGCUCGACGCGCGUGCUCGCCCUCGACGGCGAGUACAUGCACAUCAUGCCCGCGGACACGACGACGGCCAACGCCGCGAACAAGGCGACGGGCAUGGGCAAGACGACGACGGUGCACUUCACGAGCGUCGUCGGCAGCAAAGUGAGCAGCAAGCAUCCCAAGACGUUCCGCGUCGUCGUGUUCCGCGAGCGGGAGAGCAAGCGGUAUGACUUCGAGACGCAGAGCAGGGAGGAGGCGGCGGAGAUCGUGAGGGAGAUCAGGAAGGGCAUGGAGAGGUUCCAGGAGGGCUAUGUGUGA